AGUUGUGCAAUUAUAAAAAUCAUCUUGUGUGAUUGAGGUUGCAUUGCUGCAGGGAUCAGUCUUUGUAACAUUUGAAAACUUGAGUGGAGUCAGAAUGAAAUACACAACAGGUUUUCUGAAAGUGGUGUGUGCCUGGUUGGUGAUGCUGUUGCCAAGCUUGGAUGCAAGACAUGCGCCAAAGAAACAUACAGCUGCAGCAUUGUGCAGGCCAAAAGAGCUGACAGCCCUCACCAAAAGUCUAGUUGAAAUAAGCUUGACAAGUUUUGAUGAAGCCAAUGGGAAACACCUUGGCACUUGGUCCCCUGGCUUCCCUGAGCUCCAUGUACACCAGAACUCUCCCCUCAUCUCCUCAAAAGUUCAGUGCAGCCUCCUCUUCAUGGCUCAAGGCCUUGGGGAAGUCCUGCAGGACCAGAGGGGCAACCUGAAUCCCAAAGAUGUUCCACUUCAUAAGGAGCUGGAGGCCACCAUCUCCCAAAUCUACAUGCUCGCAAAGUGUGUGAAGAAUAUUCUCGGAGGGGAAUGCCCCUCUAAACCUAUUCCACCCAAAAUGCCCAUAUCUGUGUUUGAGAGGAAACAGUGGAGUCACACUCUGUUGAAGACAGCCAGGGACUAUCUGAACUGGCUGGAGCAUAACGUUCAGGUCCACAUUUCAAUGGUCAAAGCGAGAAAUAACAGAAAACAUAAAGUUCCUGUGGUAAUGCGUCAGAAAUACUAUGAGGGGAGUGGAUACCUCCUAUAAUUUUUUAACAACUUGUGAUGGAGAUGUGGUUACAGUCUAUGGCAGCUUAAAAUAUUUUUUCAAGAUUUGUAAAUGUUUCAUGUCUAUUUUCAUGUAUACAGCAUAUUGGCAUACAUUUGGGACAUUUAUAAUUUGCAUUUAUCAUUGCAAAUGCAAUUGGUAAUUCUAUAUAGACAAUCUAAAGUCGUUAAUAUAACUGAUCAAAUCCCCUUUUUUUUCACAAUUUUUGGUUUAAAGAAUAGUUUGAUAUUUUGGAAAAUACAAUUUCUGACAGAGCCAGGCUGUUUCACUGUCACAAAAAACUAAACUAUUAAACUUAUAGCAAUAUAUGUAUGGGUCCUCGGCCCAAGUCUGGCCUAUAUACAGUACUUCCACAUUUGGGCAUAGUCUGGCUGUUAUCCUUCGGUAUUGACUGACAGCCAGAAGAUUUUCUGUAUGUGCAUCAGAAUUGGUCCAGAUGUGGAAGUAGCAUCUUUCAAUAUGGGACAAAUAUGGACCAUGGAACUGAGCGGAUACUGGACCAGAAUAAAACAAACGUAUGACCCAAGCCUUGAUUUAUUUUUCUAUCUGGGUAAGCCAGCUGGCUGCUAGCUGAAGCUCCAUAUUUGCUUUACAGACAAAGAUUGGUAUCGAUCUUUACAUUUAAUUUUCAGAAUUGAACAUUUGUAUUUGCCAAAAUGUCAUACUACUUCUUUAAAAUUAUAUCAGAAAAAUAAUUUGUUCAAUUAAACUUGAUAUUUUGCAACAAUUGA